UCCAACAAAAUAUUCCUCACGGCCGGUUAACAAUAGUGCUUGUUAUUUGACUUUGGGCCUGCAGUCAUGGCGCUCUCUAAAGCCAUUUUCUUUCUUUAUGUUUGUAAACAAUGCCCUCCUCCCUGAGGGAUGUUUCCCCUCGGAGCCAAGUCACAUCCAAGGGGGAAAAAAAAAAGGCCUGGUAGGCGAGGGACCAGAGAGCGCAGUGAACGGGUCCACGCUGACGUCUUUUUGACCGCCUUGCAGUCCGGACCGGGCGUGGCGGUCCCGCGGGUGUCCGCUAUGAGCGCGGACGAGGACGCGCGCUGGCUGGAUUGGGUGACCAAGCAAUUUGAGAGCAUCGCCGGAGACGACAAAGAGAUCGACUUGGACGAGUUCAAGACGGCUCUCAAGGUCAAAGAGUCUUUCUUCGCCGAGCGCUUCUUUGCGCUCUUCGACUCCGACGGGAGCAGUUCCAUCAGCCUGGACGAGCUCCUGGAAGCGCUGGACCUUCUCAUUCACGGCAGCGAGACGGACAAGCUCAGGUUCCUCUUCCAGGUCUACGAUGUGGACGGGAGCGGUUCUAUCGACCCGGAUGAGCUGCGCACGGUUCUCAAGUCGUGCCUGCGUGAGAGCGCCAUCUCUCUGCCGGAGGAGAAAUUGGACGACUUGACGCUGGCGCUGUUCGAGUCGGCCGACAAAGACAACAGCGGGGCCAUCACCUUCGAGGAGCUCAAAGCGGAACUGGAAGACUUUCCGGAGGUGAUGGAGAACCUGACCAUCAGUGCCGCAAACUGGCUCAAGCCACCGGAAGCAGACCAGAAGAAGCGGCAGACCCCUCGCUACCUGACGCGGGCGUACUGGCACAACAACAGUCGCAAGCUCCUGUUCCUGUGCGGCUACGCUUGCCUCAGCCUGGCGCUCUUCGUGGGCGCCGUCCUGCAGCAUCGUCACGGAAGCGCCUGCUACAUGCUGGCCAAAGGAUGCGGGCAGUGCCUCAACUUCAACUGCACCUUCGUCAUGGUCCUGAUGCUGCGGCGCUGCCUCACGUGGUUGCGGGCCACCUGGGUGGUCCGGGUUUUGCCGCUUGACCAGAACAUUCUCUUACAUCAGAUUGUGGGCUACGCCAUUCUGGGAUACACGCUCGUGCACACCACUGCGCACAUCUUCAACUUUGUCCAGCUGUCCGAGCAUAGCGGCUUCAGCGUUUGGGAGUACCUGCUGACCACGCGGCCCGGCAUCGGCUGGGUGAAGGGCACGGCAUCCGUGACGGGUGUCGUUCUUCAGGUGGUCAUCUGCCUCAUGGGGAUCUGCUCCAGCACCUUUGUACGACGCAGCGGCCAUUUUGAAGUGUUCUACUGGUCCCAUUUGUCUUACGUGUGGGUGUGGUCACUGCUCAUGGUCCAUUGCGCCAACUUCUGGAAGUGGUUCGUUGUGCCGGGUCUGCUCUUCCUGCUGGAGAAAAUCAUUGGAAUCGCCGUGUCCCGGAUGGGAGGUCUAUACAUCGUGGAGGUCAACCUGCUGCCGUCCAAGGUGACUCAUCUGGUCAUCAAGCGUCCGCAGUUCUUCCAGUUCAAGCCGGGAGAUUACGUGUACAUCAACAUUCCCGUCAUCGCCAAGUACGAGUGGCACCCGUUCACCAUCAGCAGCGCUCCAGAGCAAUCUGACAGCCUGUGGCUGCACAUCCGCUCCAUGGGCCAGUGGACCAACCGUCUGUAUGAGUACUUCCGCCAGCCGCAGAGUCCGGCGCCGAGUCCCAGGAGGCUGGCAGCAAGCCUGCGGAGCAGACAACUGAUGAAGAGUCCGGAGGAAUUGUUCAGCUCACCGCACGAGAACGGCGCCGUGGCGUCCAGCGAGGACAACGCAGUGGAGCUGACCAUGUAUCGUCGCAACGUUUCCCGACCCGGCGCCCCCCCAGCAACCUCGAUGCCUCUCCCUGUCCCUUCGGACGAUCCGGCAGCCGCGGAGAGAGGCGAGGCCCCGCCCCCGAGAGAGGUUUCUGCAAAGUUUGGCGAGAAUCACCGCUUCUGCAACAUCAAGUGUUAUGUGGACGGACCCUACGGUACGCCCACCAGACAGAUCUUUGCGUCCGAGCACGCCGUUCUGAUCGGGGCGGGCAUCGGCAUCACACCCUUCGCCUCCAUCCUGCAAAGCAUCAUGUACAGGUACCGCCGCCGGAAGCAGAAUUGUCCCAACUGCAGCUACUCGUGGUGCGAAAACAUUAAGGAUAGCGAAAUGAAGCUACGCAAAGUCGAUUUCAUCUGGAUCAACCGUGACCAGAAGUCCUUCGAAUGGUUUGUCAGCCUCCUGACCAAAUUGGAGAUGGACCAGGCCGACGGAGAGCCUGAAGGUCGCUUCCUGGAGAUGCACAUGUACAUGACGUCGGCCUUGUGCAAGAACGACAUGAAGGCCAUUGGCCUGCAGAUGGCGCUGGACCUACUGGCCAAGAAGGAGAAGAGAGACUCCAUCACAGGUCUGAGGACUAGAACGCAACCUGGACGACCCGAGUGGGCCAAGGUGUUCCAGAAAAUUUCGGAGGAGAACAAAGGAAAAGUUCACGUGUUCUACUGCGGUUCUCCUGCGUUGGCUAAAGUCAUCAAAGCUCAAUGUGAACACUUUGGCUUCAACUUUUACAAGGAAAACUUCUGAAGUCAACGAAGACACGUUUCCGUGACAAUGCUUCCAUCGGUUGGAAUGCUAAUUUUGAAGAGCCGUUUACGGCCGUCUUGCGCAUCAAACAGUAGGGGGCAGCACACCGUUGUCACACGAGCCUGAGUGGGACCAGAGCACCCCACCAAAGCAUCUUUACCUACCCCAUAUGGACUACUGUACUGCCAAAUUAACAGUCAUACGCUUCACACACACAGACACACAUUUGAAUAUGUACCAUACACGACUAUUGAAAUAACAGUGCUAGCAAAAGUAAGAUAGCAUUAGUACUGUGAACAAGCCAACGUUUGCUAGCGACUGCCGCUACGCUGGUAAUAUGACUUUAACCUGUUGCCUUAAUGCUAAAUUUAUACAUUUGAAGUUGUAUUUUGUUGUAAUGUACAAUACAUUAAAAAAUCAAAAAGAGACCCCGCUGUGGUAGAUUCUUUAAAAAACAAAAUCGCAAACUCUCCUUUAAAUCAUCAUGUUUGUGUAUCCAUCGACUGUGGCGCUAAAUUCAGCAAUUGUGCCUUCAAUGUUCUGUGAAUGAUGUACAGAUUAUGGAGACAGAUGAUUCCGUGAUUAUUUUAGUCGCGACAAUUCAGAAUGUUUUAUGUUAUUUACCUAGAAUGAGUUUUGUGUUUUGUACAAAAUCUUUAAUUUCUAAUUUGACAUCUAGACGUUGUAGUGACCUGAAGAGUAACGUACGUAAGAGCUGUCAGUUUGUCGUAUUUCAAAUGAUUGUUUAAGCCGAUGGAAAAUAUUUCAGUGACUCAAAGGGGGCAGGAUUUGUGCUUCUUUGGGCGGGAGUGUUUUGAUUGUUUGUUGUUUUUCUUUGUGAAUGACACUCCAGUUUGGCUUGCGUUCGUAGUUUUGAUCGAUGAGUAGUAUUCGGCGCUCUGUUGGUUGGUCUGCAUAGCGUGCGGCUAGCCGUUAGCUGGCUGGCUACGCAGGAGCCGUUCGGCGUCGGGCAGCUAGUCAAACUGUGGACCAAACCCUUGCAAACGUCGCUUCUUUGCGUGCACAAAAUGUCAAUACUGUCCGUUCGUGGAAGUGGACGCCGCCUUUGACCACAAAACGAAUGAAGAUUGAGUUUUCUUUCCAACGGACACCCCCCCAUUUCGCCUCAAUCUAGCUCCGUAGCUAACUUUAGCUGCCCC